AUGUCUGAAAAAGGCAUCAUCCUCCAAAGGGGAAACGUUGGGCUCACACAAGCAGUACACAAUGGAGACAAUAUCUUCUACAACCCAGGAGCAGAAAUGAGAAAGAAGCACAUUGCCCAAAAGACUCAUAACGCGAACAAGGCUGAAUGGGAGAAUUCAAAAACAUGCGAGUGGCUGGUGGAAGAAGGGGACUUCCAAAAAUGGUCGAACACCAAGGAAAGCUCAUCAGUGCUGUGGAUUCACGGUCGUCGCAACGGGUUGUGGAAAAACUGUUUUGAUGUCAGUAUCAAUCAUUCCUAUACCAAGGUCAUCCCGUCUCGUGUCAUCGAGAAUAUACACUCAAAACACGGAAACAAAGCUCACCUUUUGUAUUUCUAUGUGGGAGACAGCAACGAUGAAAACAGCGAUAAAUCGUACCGGGAGAUACUUCUAACAUUUUGGGACCAAAUAUCUGAGGACCAAGUCACCGAUGUUUGGGGAGACGACUCCCCGAUUGAGUACCUUGAGCAGGGUGUCCAGAAAUUGCUCAAGGAUUCGACAAAGGCAAGGUACAUCGCAGUUGAUGCCCUGGACCAGCUCCCUAUGAGGCUUCAAGAGCGAUUGCUCGAUUGGCUCAGGACUACAACACAAAAGUGUAACUUGAGUGUGGCAAUCAGUUGCCGUAACUCUCAUCAGAUUGGAGAGCUGGAACUCAAGGACACCUUCAGCAUUGAAGUCACGACCGACAGAAACAGGAACGACAUUAAAAUUUAUCUUGAGAAGACUUUGCACUCAGACUUCCUUGACAAGAACCCGGAGUGGAGAGAAAGAACCUUUAAGAAAUUGAGCGAGAAUGCGAACGGGAUGUUCUUAUGGGUCAGAUUACAAGCUCUCAAUAUCUGCAGUAUGGAGAUGGAGCCACAGGUAGACAUGGCAUUGACGAAUCUUGUCCCACCUGACGAAAUCAAAAAGAUGUUUGAAGGUUACGCAGACAGUUUCGAGAAUGACACGCGUGAUCCUUUCCGACAACGAGUAUGCCAACGAUUGAUGGCUCUCUUGGCUCACAGCACGACGCCAAUGCCAAAACGUACCGUCUUUAUCGCUCUUUCUCUGAACGAUGAUGGAGAUGUCAAUGAGUCCUACGAGCAGAACUUGGCCAACAACGCCCACUUGAUCCCGUCUUUCUGCAAACACCUUGUUGAAAUCAACGAAGACCUGGGUGUCUUUCAGUUCUGCCACAAGACCGUGGUAGAUUUCUUCAGAACGUACAGGUCGACUAUCUAUCAUCGUCGCAUCGCAACGCUCUGUCUUUCUUAUCUGAGCUCGGACAAGUUCUCGGAUGGUCCACAAAGGGGAGCUACAUGGUAUGAUCAGGGCACCCUUGAGUCAAUCCUACAACAACAUCCGUUCUUGGGGUUCUCCUCGUCCCAUUGGUUUCGGAGCCUCAAGAAGAGUAUAGACAACAAGGACGAUUCCGAAAACAAAACUGUCUUCAACUUGUUCAAAGUUCUUUUUAACAAGGAUGGAAAGGCUGAGGAGAGAGGAAACUUGCAGCUGGCCUUCCAAGUACACCUGAUCAGUCAAGGCAAAUCAAUACAGGACGGCAUUUCACACGAGCACAUUGUCGGGUACUUUGCGCUCGUCAGUUUCUUUGACAUUAUCAACGAGAAUUCUUGGUUUGACGCGGACAAACCUGAUGCAAAAGGCAUGAGGCCAAUUCAUUGGGCUAUUCGCAAUGACAUUGAUCAAGCCGAUGUUAGGGACUUUGUAAACAAGAUGAAGCACAACUCGGGCUGCACUCCUCUCUACUACGCUGCCCACUGUGGAAACGCCGAGGUUGUCACGCUUUUGAUCGACCUCAAGGCUGAUCUUGACGUCAAGAACAAGCACAACGAAACAGCAUUGAUCGCGGCUUGUAAGAAGCACCAUGGAAACGUUGUGCGCAAUCUUGUCAAGGCCAAAGCCGACGUUCGCGUGCAAAGCGAAUUCGGGACUGCUUUACAAGCGAUAUCACUGGUCGGUUGUAACAAGUGUGCUGAGAAGAUACUCGAACAGUAUGGGAAAUCUCGAAUCCGCGAAACGUGUGGACCUUUCGGUACCUCUCUACACGCUGCAGCCUUUCAUGGCCAUGUUGACUUGGUCAAGCUUCUAUGUGCACACAGAACGGAUGUCAAUGCUAGUGACCCGACAUAUGGAACCCCACUGACAGCAGCAGCCUCGGGGCUGAAUCCGGGUCAGGAACCAAGUCAUUACCUGGAAAUUACCCAGGAACUCAUAAAACACGGCGUUGACAUCAAUGAUCGGAGUGGUAGACUCGGACCAGCACUUCGUUCAGCUGCCUAUCACGGAAACGCUGACCUUGUUAAGCUCUUGUUAGACAAGGGUGCCAAAGUUUCAAAGUCCAAGGGAAUGAUGGGUACAGCAUUCGAAGCCGCCAGCGCACGUGGACAUGAAAAGAUCAUGGAGAUGUUAUUGGAGGCGGAUCCAAGCGCGAAAACGUACGGCGAAAACGAUGAAGAAGCGGCUCACGAGCGACAAAAGGUUCAGCGAAGGAUCUUUCGAGCCACUGUCAAAGCCAGCAGCGUAAACGCCACCAACAACCUCAUCGGAGAGUUUGAAAACUUUUUCCACAAAGAGAUUCGCAAGGGAGCCACGCCAUUCCUUAGAGGAUUAUCCAAACUUGGAGAAAACUGCUUCAUCGAUGUCGUUACGCUGACCACAGCCUCUUCUGAGCAACGCAUCAAGAAAGGAGACCAGCAGAGCAAACGAAAUUCCAAGUUUGGGCUUGGCAUCUUGAACUGCUUUGGGAAAGAAGAUCCAGACGCUGAACGGGUUGGGAAAUCCCGCUUGUACCUUCGGAGAGCUACAAAGACAUUUGCUGCAGAUGGAGUUGGUGAGCAUUUCCAACAGGUGUUGGAUAGAAUGACCCAAGCGGCUGUAAAGAUUCUGGAAGAUGCCAUCGAAAACGGGACCAAGGAAGUCAUAAGAUUGAUCGCUAAUACUUGGGUUGAGGCAUUGAACAAUCUGAUUCAGCGUCCAGGAUACGGCGAGAACAUGUUGAAAGCCGUCGUUCAAAGACGAGCCAAUGAACUAAAAGGCUACAUGUCAGACGAAAACCUAAGCCCUGACGAAAAAUGGGAAAAAGCCAAAGCACUCGCCCUGGUCGGAAUCGAGCUCCUUGUCGUGGCUGUUGGACGCGGUGAAAAGUUCAAACGUCUGUCGUUUGUCACCUCCAAGCUCUGGGUUCAGGCAGUCAUUGACGUCGACAUUCUCGGAAAAGACGGUGCAUUAGCGACACAACAAUUAAUAGGCGUUUUUGCAGAGCGAUUCAUAUCAGCUGUGGAGAUGAAAGAUGUAGCUGAAGUGGAAGUCUGUGGUAAAUCCGGUAUUGAGCUUUUGAGAGCUGCUGCGUUGAGUGGUAACAAGUCAGUGUUGGACAAGUUUAGUGGCGAGUGGAUUCGAUGUUGGGACUUUACUCUGCAGAAUAUGGACUUUGAGACACAACAAACAAUUCAGCGGAGAGUUAUGGAGCAUAGCGAAUGCUUUAUGGGCGAGGUAGCUUUUGAGGAGAGUUUCACAGCCAAGGAGCUCCUGCAGACCGCAAUCAAGUAUUGGGAGAGUCAGGCACUAUCUACACUUAGUUCACCAGUUUGA